UAAAGAUCACUUCUGGAGAGUCCAGUUCAUGUUUGAUAUAUCCAUAGAGGUUAUAUCUGAUGUGCAGACCGACUGAGGUUAACUAUCAGCUGUAUUAAAGAGUCAAAUGAAAGAGGGACUCCCCCUAAGUCGGAGUCCCUAAACAUGGAUGAGGGAGCAGCAAACCUCCCUAGCACACCUGGAUCUGGAUCUGGAUCCAAGAAAACAGAGGAUGUUGCAACUAAAAGACCCGGAGAGAGAAAUGAGGAACAAGGACCAAGCAGUCCAAAGAAAGCUCAAGGCAACGAGAGGAGGAGGAGGAGAAAUCAGAGAAGAAGAAAGGGCUCUGCUGUCUCUAAAGGAGAUGUGGAUAGAGAUAAAGAGAAGAUGGAGGUUGUAGAGACGAGCAGCCAAACUCCUGGAGAAUCAGAACACCUGGAUCCACAAGUGAUCGACGACCUGCAAACUGUGAAAAUCACAGAAGAGAAGAGGGACGAAGACGUUCAGACGGUUCAAGCUCAGACUCAAACAAUGAGACAGACAGGAUCCAGCAAAUUCACCCAAACUCCAGCUGUUCAUCAGAGAGAUCAGGAAACACAGACGGACCUCUGUGUGCCUGAAAAAGAAGAGAAGAAGAGUCCACCUGACGCUGAGGAGGCAGAUCCAGAUCGGGACAAACACACACCUGAACCCGAACAGAAGGACAGCAGUGCUGCUCAGACCACCUCCAUGCAAAAUGAGAAUCCAGACAGCAACAAAGCAUCGUCAGAGUUAGGUGAGGAGCAGAAGUCCAAGUCUGUAGAGGAGAAUCCCCCUGCAGGGUCACCAGAUUCUCAAACUGAAAAGGACGCCAAACUGAAGUCUUAUGCUUCAGCUGUGUCUAAAGGGGGACAGAGUGAGACCCAGACUGGAAAGGAGGCGCCUAAAGAAGCAGAUAAAUCCACUGAAACGUCCCAAAACACACGAGACAGAAGUCCAAUCAGAGCUCCACCUGGUGUUCCCAUGUUCACCUUCCACGUCUACGCCAUACUGGACAAGAAGUUCAGAUUCCACAAGGAGUACAAUCAGCUCCUGCUGUGUUACGAAGGAGGAUCUCUUCCUCUGAAGAUGACGCAUCUGGUUGAACUCAAACAGGAAGGUUUUCUGGUAGAGACGAGUCUCUCCGUUGAAGAGAAGGACUUACAGAGAGGCGAGUGGUGGACUUAUUGGUACGGUGUAAAACAACGACACAAAGACAUUUCAGGAUCAGCAACACGACACAUUCAAAUCCCGUUCAACUUAAACAUUAAAGAGCUGCAUCUUUACGAAGGCUUCAUCAGCCGCCUGGAGGCCGGGUCCACAAUGCAGAGUUUGUUAAAGACCGGUCUACAGAUGGUGGGCUUCAGGAAACUGAAAGGUGAGGAGGUGUCAGACGCCUGGCAGACCUCAGCCAGAGAUCUGCUGAGCAGAAUCUUCCAGAACUGGGACCCGGCAGACAAGCAGAGCACUGAAGGCCUGUGCAGUAGCUUGGGUCGUUUCAUGUGGGGUCUGAGGUCAGCACAUGAGAGGAUGGAGUUUCUAGAUCAUUCUCAUCCUCCUGUGGUCAAGACGUCAGAGCUGGUUUCAGAGGCUUUGGUUCAGGUCUUAAAAGGAGAGUCAGACGAGAGGUUUCCAGGCGGCUGGAGGAACACCAAUCCUCUUCUUCUGGGGCUUUCUGUUUUCAUCGUGACCAGAAAGUGUGAAAUCAACCUUGGAGUGAAAGGCUGGGCUGAGCUGUGUCUCCUGGUGUCCUCAGAGACCGAGAUGGACAAGAAGAACCUGGACGUGUUGCUCAGUUCUUUCCAAAAUCCACAAUACAUUGUGUUGGGUCUGAUGAACCUCUGCGCUCAGUCGAUGGUGUCAGAGCUCGUCCUGCUCGUCCCUCUGCUCUUCAGACUCAGACAGCCGGGAGCCGACGCAGCCAAAGUGGGUCCGGCUGUCGAGGAGGAGAACUGGUCAGGACUUGAGAAUGUCUAUUUCAACAAGUUCAGGGACAGUGUGCAGUACUUCCCUGACAAAAGAAAGAGGAUUCUGACUUUGAUCCAAACACAGCUACCUCUCACUAAAGAGACGCCUCUCCUGCAGAAGAGCUGGUUAAGUCUGGUUGCAUUUGCGGAUCUUCCUGAUUUGUCAGACCUGACAGGAGUCCCUCUGGAGCACCUGAUCCAGAGUCUGAUGUACCGUCUGAGAAACAGUGAGGAGAGGGACUACGACAGAGUGCCGGAGAUUGUAAAGAAAAUCCUGACCCAGGUUCUGUCAAAGGUGGACCAAGAGAAGGAAAGAAUGUGCCAAUCUGGAAACAUAAAGCCAGCCUUCUUGAGCAGCGUCACUGUGGUGAAGCACACGUGCAGAAUCGUGCGCCUCGUCCCCGGGUACCAGACUGUGAUUCUGUCCUACCAGCUCCUGCUGAAACUGGCAGAGAUCUUAGAGGCCAAACUGAAGGAGGAGUCCUCAGAAGAAGAGUUUGAGACGGGGAAGCAGAAACUCCAGGAUGAGCUGCGUCCCGUGCAGCAGAGAGUCAGUGAGUGGAGAGACCAGCUGCUGCAAAAACCCCUCAUAACUCCGUCAAAGACUCUCAGCUACCCAAAGGAGAUCGAAAUGUGGGAUUCUCUGCUGAAGCUAGAAAGCUUGGCUGAAGGAGAUUCAUCUCGUUGGAGUCUGAGCCUGAAAAAAGACCUGAAGAAGAGGAUUUCUAAAGCAAGUGAGGAGGAUAAAGUUCUGCUCUGCUGUCUCGAGUCCACUUCAGCAUCUAUAAAGAAGAGCCAUGAGGCCGUACAGAGCUGCUUCAACGAGCUGUGUCUGUCUGCUAUCAAGACAAUCUGCCAGAGAGGAAAGGAGGGAGACCUGCUGCAGAGUCUCAGCUCGAAGGUGAAGGAUCUCCCUGGGGCUGUCAUGUCUGCUGUGGUUGUCGAGUCAGCGGCACGAUUCAGAGACAAGCCUGUCCUCCAGCUGCUCCACCCACAGUCUGCUGUGAACCACCUCCUGUCUCAAGGCGAUUGGAAGUCGAUUGGUGUGGAUGACGCUGCGCAGCUCGUCGUCUGUAGCUCUCUGGCUUCUCUCAAAUCUCUGGUGGACUCUCUUCUCCAAGGAAGCAUUCCCCUGGGACACCUGCAGACCUGCCUGAAACAUAAAGAGCAGUUCAAGAGACUUUACCAACAGUAUAAGAAAAACACAGAGCGGGAGGUUGUUGGCGGUCAUGCAGAGGCUGUUCUGGCUCAGAGAGAGAAGGAUUUAGACUCUUUCAUGCUGCGGAAACAGCAGAUGGAUGCUCUGAUAAAGAUGUUCGCCAAAGUGACAGAAAGCAUCACAGCUCCUGAGAUGUUGACCCUCGAGCAGCAGCACACCGCAGACCUCCAGACUGUGAGCCUGAACAAACUGGUCCUCGUUCAGUCCCUCGAUGCUGACGGGAAGCUGGGGAAGACGGGCCCUCCACAGAUCAUCUGGUACAACACCUGCCUGAAUGCUUUAGGGAUGGCCUGUGAGAUGCACAAACUGCAGCACAGCAACCUCAUCCUGUCCUCCUGGGUCAAAGGAGCUGCAUCUUUGGCAUCAGCAAGGCAGCCCACCCCAGCUCCCGUUCCAGUCAGCCUGACACAGGUCUGUCAGAGCAUCUGGAAGCCGCUGCUGACUCAGUUCUGCCAGCUCGGUGUCAGCCUCGCAAACGCAAGCAUCAGCUUCAAGCGCCUGGACCAGGUUUUGGUGGAGUCUGGCGACGAAGGAGACGGGAGGCUGAUGAAGACGGAGCUGAGUCUGAUGUCAGAGACGUUAUGUGAGACAGGGAGGUUCAGACCUGAUGAGAACUGGGUGAAGGUCAGACUCGCUCAGAUUCAGAAGUAUCGGCAGCUUCAUGAGGCAGCGGCUGCAGCCAGCGCCGUGCUGAAGAUCGCAAGAAGGAUGAAGCUCUCUGGGAACUUCACAGAGAUCAACACUCUCAGCCAACUGGAAGGAGACGUAUUCAAGCAGAAGGCUCUGGAUUCCCUCAGUGACGACCUGUUUCAAGCCAAACAGCAGCUCUCCUCCGUCACCAAGCAGAACACCGCCUGUCUGGAGGAGUUCCUGGAGAGUCAAACUCUGAUCAGCUGGGUCCAAGAAAACCUCAAAAAUAUGAGCGACGUGAAGGUCUACGUGGAACUGGCCUCUAUAUCUGCAGGAGAGAACGACACAGAGAUCGAUCAGGUGGCCUGUUUCCACGAUGCAGUGACUGGCUAUGCUCCUCUGCUGUACUUCCUCCCCCCUAACGCUGGCUUUCGGGACUUCAUGAAGUGUGCUCAGCAGGUGUGGGACACCCAAAGCAGAGAUGAGAAGCUGCCAGACAAACUGAGAGAGUCCACUCGGCUGCUGAGCUGGUUAAAAGCACUGAAGGAGACUCACGGCUCCGUGGAGCAGUCCUCCCUCUCUCUGGCGUCUUCUAUAAACGCUCAUGGAGUUUAUGUCAUCGGCUGGUCCGACAAAAGGACAGAGAAGAGAUGUCUACAAAACAUGAUACACGUCAAAGUGAAGACGGGCAGAGAGGAGAAGAGCUACAAGCUGGAGGAGCUGCUGGAGCUUCAGAACAAACUCAUGCUGAUGUCGUCCAAAGGAGAGCACAGAAGGGAACAAGUCGACAGGUUCACAGAGGUCUUUGAAGGAGUUCAGAGGCUGGGCAACAUUCUCCUUCAGAUGCAAAUAUCCGGCAACCUGCUCUUCAGAGAAUGGCACGCAGAGGUCCAGUGUUGCACAGAACAGCAACCCUGCAUCAGAGUCACCUUCCUGUCCCUGAUGGGUAGACAGAUGUUGCACUAUGGCGAGGUGACCAAGCAGCUGCAGAAGCUGGCACACUCCAUGGACAGCUGCCAGAAGGAAUGGCGCUCCUUCAUCAGUGAGAUGCGCUCCAACUUUAACUUGUUGAACCACUACACCUCAGAGCAGAUGGUGUACCUGUGCCACUGGAUACACAGAGUGUGUGAAGGAAAGGCCCCUGUGCCUGCACAGAUAUGGCUUUUACUCUUCCCCAUUAAGCCUCAGUGCUCGCUGGUGGAUGUCAGAGCAGCACAUGCAGCGAGUAUGAAGUCAGAUGAAGAAGAUGCUGAGUCAGACGGUGAACCAUCGAUGGAUGUAACACCAGAACACACUAAGAAACACACAAGCGAGGAUUUGAUGCAGUUUUCCUCUGAGGAUGAAGACGACGUUGACAUGAAAUGUGAGGCGGUGAAGCAUGAGGAAGACAACAUUGAAAAGCUGUGGUGUAAAUUCAAGGUCAACAUGUCGCAGCAUCUCCACGAGUACUUGGACAUCUCCUCGCUGGCCCGCUUCCUCUCGUGCCUCUCUGACAUGAAUGAGCAGCACAUGAUCAGGAACCUUCCACCGGUCCUGCAGGAGGGGAAACCUAAUCUCGUGCUCUGUCCCAGUGCAGAGGUUUUCACCCAAGUCCUGUCUUUCUACAUGGAGAGUCCAGAGCAGCCGCUGCCUUCUUCUGAUGAAGUCCUCGUCUGCAAAGAGGACACCACGGAGGAGGAGGUGGAGAUCUUCCUCCGCAGAGCUCUCGGACAAACCUCGGGACAAAACCUGCAGAAGAUAUACUCUCUGGUGAAUCCGGGGCUGCUGGGGUAUGACGUCAGUGUGACUUUGGGGGAGCUGUUUGAGGGUCUUGAGAGAAGUGCCAGCCCACAUUAUCGGCUGGUGAUAGUGAGUCCAGUUGUGCACCAGCACAGAUAUGUGCCGUCUUUCUUCAGCACUGACAAAGUACAGGCUUGUGCGAGCAUCAAGGCAGAGUCUGCAAAGAAGUAUCUUCAUCAUCACUUGCAAAACACACUCCCACAGAGUCCUGUGUCACUGGUUUCCCCACAUCAGCUCUCAAUGUGGAUGGUGUCAUCUUCACGCCCUGCAGUGGGUAAAUCUCUGUACGUGGAUCGUUUGUUCGAGAAGUUCCAGCAGAUCUCUCCCAGAGCAGAGCACAUCACUCUCAGACUGAUCGAGGCCUCUGUCGAUGUGGACUCAUUGAUCAAGAGUCUGUCUGAGAAACUGGAACCCUUGAGGGAGCAGGACCCCGUUCUCCUGCACGUGGACACUGCUGGAGUUCGUUCAGGUCUGGAGGAGCUCCUCUUCCACAUGUUAGUUCUGGGAUGUUUGAGCGACAGCCAUGGCACGCUGUGGAGGAGGAAUGAUGCUCACUUGAUCACUGUUGAAGUCCUGAGAUCUGCUGCAUCACCACAAAACAAACAAACACAGACACGAACCGGACUUCUCGACAUUCUGCCAACCAUCCAUUGUAGACCUCCAAAAGAGGUGCUGGCCAUUAGAGGGGUUCAGUCAAAACACAGCUUUGAUCCACUCAUGGAUGGGAAGGAGUUUUGCAGUGAGGGGAUUCAAAGACCUUAUCAGUACCUAAAGCUGUUCGGAAGCAAUCAGAAUCUGGAUCGCUUCAACUACAGGAAAGGAUCCAGCGUGGGGGAUCCCAUGGAUUGUGUCAAACUCUUUCUGCAUCACUGUGGAAUGCAGGAUCCCUCGUGGGCCGAGCUGAAGAACUUCUCCUGGUUCCUCAAUGUGCAGCUGAAAGACUGUGAGAACUCUAUCUUCUGUGAUCCAGAGUUCCUGGCUGAUGAGCUGCCGGGUUUCAAAGGCUUCAUCGUGAAGUUCAUGAUACGAAUGGCUCGAGACUUUGCCUCUCCGUCUAUGAACACCUCUGAUGAAAGUCCAAUGCUGCGUGUUGAUAACACCCAGGAAGACGAUCUCCUUGCUCGUCUGACAAUCCGCAAGCAUUGGGAAAACGAGUCCCACCCGUACAUUUUCUUUAACGCAGACGGAUACUCGAUGUCUUUCCUCGGCUUUAACGUGGAAAAGAGUCGGCAAAACACUCUCCGUGCAGUUGAUCCUCACAGCAACAGGAUCCUGAUCGACGACGUGAUGUCAGCAAGGCUUUUUGAAGGGUUGGAACGGCAGAGGAUCCCUCUCUCUGAAGACUUCAAUCUCUUACCCCGGCCGGACAAAAUCAAAAGGAUCUCAAGUGUUGUUGGUGCAAAGCGAGGAAUCACGUCCAGAGGAUUUGACCCAGACCCGACAUACGAGCUCACCGCUGACAAUGUGAUGAAGAUGUUGGCCAUACACAUGAGGUUCAGGUGUGGGAUCCCAGUUGUCAUCAUGGGAGAGACCGGCUGUGGGAAAACCAGAUUAGUCAGUUUCCUUUGUGACCUGCAGAGAGAGGAGAAACCAGUGGGGAACAUGGUUCUGGUAAAGGUACACGGUGGAACCACAGCAGAGAUGAUCUACAAAAAGGUGAGGGAGGCCGAGGAUCUCGCUGAGAGGAACCACAGGCUUCACAAGCUGGACACCGUUUUGUUCUUCGAUGAAGCCAACACCACAGAAGCCAUCUUUGCCAUCAAAGAAGUCCUGUGCGACCGAUCCAUGAAAGGAGAACCUCUGAAAGCAGGCAGUGGCUUGAAAAUAAUAGCUGCUUGCAACCCUUACAGGAAGCACUCGCCUGAAAUGGUGGAGCGUUUAGAACGUGCCGGUUUAGGAUACAGGGUGAAGGCAGAUGAAACAGAGGACCGGCUUGGCAAAGUUCCUCUGAGGCAGCUGGUGUACAGAGUACAUCCUCUGCCACCGAGCAUGGCGUCGUUGGUGUGGGAUUUUGGCCAGUUGAGCGAUUUAACUGAACUGUCCUACAUUGAACAGAUAGUCCAAAAGAAAGUCCAAGACCAUGGCCUGCCAGUGAACUACACGGGGAUCAUUUCAAAAGUGCUGGGAGAGUCCCAGAAAUACAUGCGAACCUGUAAAAACGAGUGCAGUUUUGUGAGUCUGAGAGAUGUGGAGCGGUCCAUGAAGGUGCUGAUUUGGUUUUACCAGCACAGCAACAUCCUGUUUAACAACUACACACAACUCAACGAGGCUUAUAAAACACUGAAGUGCUUGAUUCUUGCAGUCGGGGUCUGCUACUACCCAUCCCUGGUUUCCAAAGACGAGUACCUCAGUGUGAUCUGUCAGUACUUUCCUGACCCUCUAUGCUCCUCAGCAGCAUUGCAGGACGAGAUUUCCUCCUGUCAAGAUUUCUUCCUCCAGAACAUCAAGACCAGGGAGACCAUCGCCAAAAAUGUGGCACUCAAAGAGAACGUGUUCCUCAUGGUGGUGUGCAUCGAGCUCAGGAUCCCUCUCUUUCUGGUUGGCAAGCCAGGCAGCUCUAAGUCACUCGCGAAAACAGUGGUUGCUGAUGCGAUGCAAGGCCAGACCUCCCACUGUGAUCUAUUCAAGAACCUGAAGCAAGUUCACAUGGUAUCCUUUCAGUGCAGUCCUCACUCCAGCCCAGAGGGAAUCAUAGGGACAUUCAAGAACUGUGCCCGCUUCCAGAAGGACAAAAACAUGGACGAGUACGUAUCAGUGGUGGUGCUUGAUGAGAUAGGCCUUGCAGAGGAUUCUCCCCAGAUGCCCCUGAAGACCCUCCACCCCCUCUUGGAGGACGGUUGCAUCGACAACGACAAGCCAGAUCCACACAUGAAGGUCGGCUUUGUUGGCAUUUCCAACUGGGCUCUUGACCCCGCAAAGAUGAACAGAGGAAUAUUUGUGUCCAGGUGGGAUCCAAGUGAAGAGGAACUUGUUGAAACUGCCAAGGGGAUUUGUUCAUCCUCCAACCAGAUUCUCCUGAAGAUCAAACACCUCUUUCCACCUCUGGCCAAGGCCUUCCUGAGCGUCUGCAAUGAAACCUCCAAGAACCAGUUCUUUGGUCUGAGGGAUUACUAUAGCCUCGUCAAAAUGCUCUUUGCUGUAGUCAAGUCCACACAGCAGGAGCCCGACGCUGGAGAGCUGGUAGAGGCCAUCUUGCGCAACUUCAGUGGACAGCCAGAGGUUUUUGACCCUGUCGUAUUUUUCCAAGAGGUUCUCCAAAACUCAACAGAAGUUCCCCGACCAAGCACCUUGCAAAUGGUGAGGAAGAAUCUUGACACCGACCAGGAGUGCCGUUACCUCCUCUUGCUGACCACCAACAAUGCCGCUCUCCAUAUCCUUCAGCAACAGAUCUUCGGCAAAGGUGACUGCCAAGCACCUGAGAUCAUCUUUGGCUCAGGAUUCCCCAAAGACCAGGAAUAUGCCCAGAUCUGCCGAAAUGUCAACCGAGUGAAGACAUGCAUGGAAACAGGGCGGACCGUCAUCCUCCUCAACAUGCAGAAUCUGUAUGAAAGCCUGUACGAUGCCUUGAACCAGUACUAUGUUUACCUCAGUAAACAGCAGUAUGUUGAUCUGGGUCUCGGCUCCCACAGGGUGAAAUGCCGUGUCCAUGCAAACUUCAGACUGGUGGUGGUGGAGGAUCAGAGGAAGGUCUAUGAGCACUUCCCUGUGCCGCUCAUCAACAGGCUUGAAAAACACAGGGUGGACCGGAGCACCGAUCUGGAACCAUGGCAGCAAAGGGUCCUGCACAAACUGAAGGAGUGGGUUAAGGAGUUCUCAGGUGAAGCAACAGAGGAUUUCAAGCUGUGUGACAUUUUUGUGGGGUACCACGGGGACGCCUGUGCCAGCGCCCUCUUGCAAGCACUCGAGAGAAAUGCACAAAGAGCAGAAGGGCCUGAAGAUGAUCACUCUCUGGAAAUGGACGAACCAAAAGAAACACCUAAAGGAACAGAAGAGGUACCUGACAAGGAGGACGAUCAGCUGCGUGAUGCAAUGGACAUAGAGACUUCUGGGAAAGAGCCACAGGAGAGGAAUGAAUCUAUCGAGGUGUGUGAGGAUGAAAACAAAGGGAUGUCCGAGAGAGAAGAAAUGAUGGAGACUGAAGACAUCGCUCAGUCUGCUGAGGAAAACAAGGAAGAAGUCGUCUUGGAUCUGGCUAAAUGUUUCUUGCUGAACUGUGCGACCCCUGACGCUGUCAUGAGACUCAAGUACUCAGAUUUAGCAAACCAGGAGAAGGACAAUCUCCAAAGAACGUACUUCCAGCACCAGCAUCACCACUCCAUCCGAGAUUUCCUGGAGGAUUGCUUGAAGAAGCAUGAAGGGUCGAGGACGUUUCUGGAGAUAACAACAUUCUCCAGCUUGUUAACCAGAUCAGAUGUCAGGGAUGUUGCUCAUGCCCUUGGGCUGCAUACCGACAGCCUCCUCCUGCUCUCGCUCCACCAGUUUGACACCGAGGUCUCCUUCUGCAACAAGAUACGGAGCUUCCUUCAGAAAGCCGGACAGUCUCGUCACAUCUUGUUAAUCCAGAUGGACCUUGAGGAAUCUGAAUGCAGCGAUGAGCUCAUAGCAUCAGCAAAGUACUGCACCAUGAAUUACUUGAUGUCACUGGAGGAUCCGACCUGUUGGGUGAUUUUCAUCGUGAAGGUUUCCAGAAUCUCGAGUCACUCUCAGUACAUUGGUUUCCAAGGAGGUGUCUGGCAGUCGUUUCAUAUUGAUGACCUGAGGGAUUCAGAGGACAUGAGCCUGAACCUGAUGGUUUUCUGUGGGACGCUAAUUAGCGACUUAGUCAACCCGACACCUUCAGAACGCCUUGAGGACGGGGAAACAUCAAGGAAAAGUGGAGACUCUCAGACAGGUAAAGCCCACCUCCGCAGCUUAUCUUUGGUGAGAUCAUGCAUCCAAAAAGCUGUGGGCUUGCUGAGGGACACCAGUGACAGCAAGACAUCUCGGAGCAUGCAGCGGAUGCACAUCCUCCUGACUCUCCUGGGAACUGGUAAAGGCCAAAUUGGAGCCCACUUCCAGAAGGUGUUGUUCGAUCGACUGACAAAAGCCUUGGCGCAGAGAGAGGGAAUGAUGGAAUCUCCCAAAGACUGGGUGAACAGAGAAGCAAAGAAACGCCAGGCUCUGCAGGAGGGGGGAACUCUGAGGCAUACCCUCUGGCGCUAUUUUCAGUCCACUGUGACUCCGAUCUUGGCCGGCAUGUUGGAAGUUAUUGACAGGUAUGCAAAUCUGGACCUGCUGUGUGAAGACUGCCUCAGCCAGGGCCUGAUCAAACUCUGGUUUGACAUCUUUGCUGAUUCCCAGAUUUUAGACCUCAAGCCUGUCCAAAACCAAAGUGAGUCAGAUCAGGAGGUCCUGGUGCAGAACUACUUCAUGUUGGGCGGCGAGGAGCAGCCUUGUGCUGCUGCGUUCAGCUGGCUCAUCAGAUUACACCUCGACAGCCUUUGGGAGGAGUUAGAGUUCAUGCCAGUCACGACAGAGAGCGGCACAGAGAGGAUCCUCCAGUUUGUGAGCACCUUCGACAGCAGCCGGCUGGGCACUCACUUACAGAAACUCUCAGAGGAGGAGAGAUCAGAGUACGGCCAUCAUUACCUUCACGACUUCCUGCUGCUUUCUCUGAAGAUCAAGUCAAAGGAUGAGCUCAGGGUGUUCACCGGAGCCAUGCUGGGCUGUGUGUCUGAACUUCAGAGGACCACAGGUGCUGAGGCUGCCCUCUCUCCUGCUUGGAUCCAUGCUGCUGCCAGACACUUUGCCCCCAGACUGGACUCCCUCUGCCACAUAUUCCUGCUGCAGCCCCAGCUCGCCUCUGACGUCCUCCAGCAGGGGUCAAAGAGAGAUGACCAGGAGAUGGUGGAGGACGUUCUCGCUCUCGGCGUCUGUGUCGAGCAGAUCAAACUUCUGACCCUGACGUCUCGGGAGGAGUGCGAGUCCUUCGUGAGCCAAGUCGAGUUUGUGCAGCCGUGUCUGGACAGAGUGUUCGGAGUGAAGUACUCCGCCCUGUGCAGCCCCAGCUGUCGGCAACAUCUGGACUCCAUCAGGUCUCUGUGGCAGGGGAUGCUGGUUGUCGUGUCUUUCAUCCAGAACGUGGUUUUUAAAAUCAGACAGAACGACUCAAGACUGAAAGAGCUGUCUUUGAAACACUGCAACCUUCAGCUGAAGCUGAUGCAGGAAUCCUCUGAUCUGAGGAGCGUGGAGACUCUGCAGCAGCUGAUCCGCAUCCUCAAUGCUUUCCAUGAUGAGUGCAUCAGCAGAGAUCUGAGGUUCGGUAUUACCUGUCCAGUUUGUCUGGAGGAGCUCACAGAGCCCUCCGUCCUUCCCUGCCAGCACGUCUUCUGUUUGUCGUGUCUCCACAAAUCCAUCCAGCUAGACAGACUGUUUUGCCCUAUAUGCAGAAAAAAGCUGCCGCAAGACUUCCAGCCGACUGUUUCCCCCAACGUCAAGGCCUCACUGCAGCAGCAGGCGGAGAUCAGACACUGCUGUAACUCCUUCUUCCUGGAGGUGGUGUCCAGCUUCUGCCUGUCAGAGGAGCAGCCCCCUGCAGAGGAGAUGGUGGAGCUGCUCUUCUCUUUGCUCGUCUCUGCCAGCGGUGAUGUGUACAGGACCAGACAGCUUACUCCCUUCCUGGAGUGUGUGGAUAACAGUCCAGUGGUUCGAUCCGUGCUGCCAAAGCUGCUGCUGCAGUACAGUUUUGAUCAGGUGAAGCUUCACAUCCAGACCUACCUGAAGAACCUGCAGGAGAAUCUUCUGAACAAAGACGACCACACCGAACUCUACCUGCUGUUUGUCAACUGUUUCCAGGACUCUCUGCUGUGCUCUGAAGCACGAGAAAUGGGGCAGGGCUGGGAGCAGCAAAUGGAAGCAGGGACCAAAUUCCUGAGCAGAGUGGCAAGAAAACAGACUCCACGAAGACAAGAAGACCCGACAGAGUUCCUCCUAAACACAGCCCGGCUGAGGAUCUACCUGAGCGCUGCUGCACGGCUGAUGGAGAAAGCUGCACUUCAAGGCAGACCUGGAGAGGAGGUGAAGUACCUGCAGCAGGUGAAGGCGGUGUGUGAGUACGGUGAGAAUGACUGGUUCAGGGUUUACCUGAUUCGAGCUCUCCACAAAGUCUCAGGUGUGGACCACAUCCUGUCUCUGAUGAACAGUCCCACCUGGAGAUGGGCCUUUCCUGCAGAACUCCUUCGACUUCAGAGGACGAUCCCGACCAACAUGGACGCCUUCCUCUGCUGCGGGACGCCGUACCGGGACAUGAGAAAGGCUGUGGCUCAGGUGUUGGUGGAAAACAGAUCGGACAGCUUCAAGGCAGAGAUACAGAAGCUGAGGGGCUCUCAGAUCAGCCUCCUGCCCCUGGCCCUCUUCAGACAGCUCACCUGCCGCUACAAAUCACCUGACGUCAAGAUGCAUCCCAGGCCGGAGGAGAGACAAAGGCUGGAAAAGCUCCUGAAUAACAUCCAGUUAAAGGAGUUCAAGGAUUUCUGCUCAGAACUUCUGUCAAACCGGAUCGGUAGACCGGGCUCGAGUCUUCAAAUCAGCAAGGAUCGUAAUACUGAGAGACAACCCCACCUGGAGCUGCUGGUCCAUCUGGACUCUGUGCUCGUCAGUGGAAAUCCUCUGCUGGUUCCUCUUUACCAGAUCGCCUUCCAGCCUCAGAACGUCACAAACUCCUUCCUGCCAACGAUGCCGGAUGAUCACGCGAGUGAGGCCAGGCAGUGGUUGACUCAAGAGAAAAAAUUGCAGACAUACUUUUGUGCCAAUGGACAUCCAAGCUUCGUUGGAGAGUGCGGUAAACCUGUGGUAGUAUCAAAAUGUUUUUGUGGACUUCCCAUCGGAGGACUCCAUCACAAUCCAGUCCAAGGAUUCACUAAACACGAAGGACAAAGUAUCAGUGAUCAAACUCGAACAGGACACAUACUGGGGGAGGCUCAGCAGAGGUCUGAGGCCCCUGAGAGACAGAUGACCUCUGCUCAGUCCUGCAUCCUGAGGCUGCUCACACAUCUCGCCAUGCUUCAAGGAGCCACAAGCAACCGCAGAGGAAUUGUUGACAUGAUCCACCCCAGGACCUCUGAUGUCAUCACCUUCCUGUGGAGACAUCUAGACAAGGACAUGGGUUUACUGGGAAAGACUCUGGAUCUGAACCCGGACGACACGGCUGUAACAGUUCACCUGAUUCUGAACGCCUGCACAGAAUUCACUCCAGGCUCCCGAGGUGCAGGACAGGAUCUGUCCUCCAAACGAGGACGGCAACAGUGGGAGAAGCUUGUCUGUCAAUCUGCCAUCAACCCAGUACUUCAGGGUCUGCAGAAUAAACUCUCCAAAGCUCAGGAGAGAAUCAAUGAAGAUGAUGGCGUCACAGGAAGUCCCCUGAUGUGUCUCCUCCUAGGGGAUCCGGCGAGAAUGUUGUCCCUCCCGUCUGACUGUCCCACACAUCGCUCCUCCUUCUGGACUCUCCCCGAGACCAUGACAGUGGAGCGCCUCGCUCAGCUGGUGGGACAACCAGAGGGAAACACUGGUCCCCUACCUCUGCUCGACACGUUCCUCAAGAAGAUACACUGUGUGCGGCAGCUGCAUCACCUGCCUGAGCUGGCCGCUCUGCAGUCAGACCUGCUGCGUGUGUUUCCUCUGAAGUCGCACACUACGCCUGAGACUGUCGCACGUCUGUUACAGAAGAUACCCGCAGGUUACCAGAAGAAGAAGCUGCAGGAGAGAGUGGAGAGAUUCAUCAAGGUGUGGAACUGUCUCAGAGCAGAGGUGGCGAACAACUCAGCAGACUUGGGCGUGGAUGUGAACUUGUGUGGGACGGAGCUGACGGCCGAGAGCUCUGGAGAGUUUCUGACACCCAGUCGACAAGGACCGGGCUCGUGUCUGCAGACUCUGGUGGACUUCUUGUUGGAGACUCAGAACAGUCUGGUGAGAGAGGCCCGCAGAGUGAGCCGCCAGGAGGACAGUGAGUACAGUUCACCUCUGGAGAGGAUCUCAGAGACCCAGCUGACCUUGUGUGACCCUGAAAGAGAGCUCCUGCCUCUGGUUUUAGCUCACUGUCAUUACACCUUGAAGAAAGGUGGAGAAACGGGCAGCAGCUACGACCUGCAAGCCAUCCAGACGCAGCUGGCCCGUCGCUUCUUUGUGGGGAAACCUCUCAUCCAAGCGGACACAUCCAGGUACCUGAACAGACACCUGCAGGAUUUCUCUGUGGUCCUAAGCGAGGUCAGAGGGAAGAUUCCUCAGGAGCCGCUGAAGGGAUCGCUGAGCAGCUCCAUGAAGACGGUGCUGCGCUCGUACGUGGAUGUUUGUGACGCCAUGUUCGUGGUGGAGAUCGGCCUCCGAUUUCUGGGAAAGACGGGCGGAGAUCCUCAGCGUCAGCUUCUGUCCUACCUCACUGAUUCACUGCAGAUGAAACCGCAGAUUUCAAGCACUGUAGCCAAGGGACUGGGAGAGAGCAAACUGGAGCACAGCAUAUUCACCUGGCAGCUCCUGACCUGCUGGAAGUCUGAGCUCAUGCUGAAGAGAAAGCAGGACCCCUUUCAGACGCUGCCCUCAGAGUUCCAGAAGAAGCUGUCUCAGGAGGAGAGGACGGGGCUGAAGGUUUUCCUCGCUGCCACGGAUGUCGACACGUUUUCUUUGGAGCUGCAUGAAAUCCUCCUGCUGAAGACGAGCACGGGUUACCAAGCACGCUGGGGCAUCAGGUCCACUUUGGAGGUGCAUUUGGAGCAGAAAGACCUUCCACCCCUGCUGGGGCUUGAGUCUCUGUCGGAGGACAUCACUCUUGAACAGGGGGCUGACGUGUGGAGGGCAGCUGUGGAGUUUAAGAGAAGAUGAUACAAAUUGUUGAUAAUCAUUGUGUAUUUUGUGUUUUCUUAUUAAUGUGUUAUUACAAAUGCCAUAUCUGGUUACAGUUCACUAUCUCUAAUAAAUGCAUUCCGUAUAAUAGCACUUUACUAUCUGAAUGUAUAUUUCUUUGAUCUAAAGUAGGUGAAUAUUGAAACUUCAGAUGUCUCUAAGUACAAAUGAGAAAAAGUGGGUAUUUUUUAUGUUGUUAUAUAUUUAAUUUCAGUGAUUCAUGAGGAAACAAUCAAUAAAAAGAGUAAUAACGA